AUGGGGCAAGCGGCUUUAGAAGAUGCGAGCAUUUGUUUGCUCAAUUGUGGUCCUACUGGUUCAGAGGCAUUGAAGAAUCUUGUACUUGGUGGAGUUGGAGUACCACCUUCCUUGAUGGAUCCAAGGUUGAAAUUGGAGACCUCGAAAACAAUUUCAUGGGUAAUUACUAUUCUCUUAGUGGAUGAGACGAGUGUUGGGCAAUCAAAAGCUAAAUCUGCUUGUGCGUUUCUACAAGAGCUUAAUGAUGCUGUUAAAGCCAAUUUUAUUGAGGAGAAUCCAUACACUUUGAUAAUCACAAAUCCAUUUUUCUUCUCUCAGUUCACUCUGGUUAUAGCUACUCAGUCAUUCACACUUCACACUUAG